CCACCCCAAACGGGUGUUGCCUCUCUCCUUCCUCUUGGCCAACUUCUCUUCCACCAAUAUAAGCCAAACUGGAGGCUAGUGAGCACUCAUGCAUUUUAUGGCAGGCCCUGCAGGUAGCCGGAGUCUGGGGCCCCUGGGCCUCCACAGCACCCCUGAAGCCCUGUACUUGGUCCUCUUAGUGCUGGUCAUGAUGAGCUUGGUGUUUGGUAAGUUUGAUCUUGUCAAUCAAGAACCCCCUCAUCCAGCUCAGUCCCCCAAAUACCUGCGCUGCUAUCGAUGUCUCUUGGAGACCAAGGAGUUGGGGUGCCUUCUGGGAUCUGACAUCUGCCUCGUCCCGCCUGGCAGCAGCUGCAUGACUCUCUUCAUAAAGAACAGCAGUGGUUCUGACAUCAUGGUGAGUGACUGUCGCAGCAAGGAGCAGCUGAGUGAUUGCUCCUAUACCCGCCCUUCUCCGGUGUUUGGCUUCUGGAUAUUCUCUCAAUGCUGCUUCCUGGAUUUCUGCAAUAACCCACAGAACAGAGCAUUCUAUAUUCCCUAG